UUUACAUGUUUCAGUUGUUUUUGUUUUAUAAUUUUUUUUAAAUAUUUAAGCGCCAAAAUUAUUUCUAGUAUAUGAAUUAAACUCUGAGAUGUCUAAACGCGUGUAUUACCCACAACAACAAGGUGAAAGAAAAAGGGCUAAAUUAGAUGUUACAAGAUCGGAUAACCACUUACCCCUUAGUCAAAAUAAUGGGAGAAAUAAAGAUGACAACCAAGAUAAUUGGGGCGAUGAGGGUGAUGAUGAAAUACUCCUACUUGCAAGCCAGGCGUGUGAACAGGCAUACACUGAUGUAGACAACAGCUUACCAGAUUACACUAUUUGUAUGAAACCGUCCUCAACAAGUACACAAAACUUCGACCCUGGACCCAGCACAUCUACUUACCUUGACCUUUUUAAGAAACCUAUAAAUAACUACACAUCGGACCCUUUUAAAAAACCAAACGCACUUAAUUUUACAUCACCAAAUAUUAAAAAUAAAAGCAACUUAAUUUCUUCACCAUUACCAAACAUUUCGAGAUCUGUUCAAAACACCAAUCCGAAUAUCAUUGAAGAUAUGAUAUUCAAUGAUAAAGUACAUAAAGGUGACACCAACUUUAUCUAUCGACAAUUACUACAACUGCAAGAAGAAAAUUCUAAACUCAAAUCUGAGAAUGGGAAAUUACUCGAGAAAUGCAUGACCAAAGAGGGUGAGGUAUCAAUUCUGCGGACUCAUUUAAAAACAAGUCAAACAGCGGCCGAUAAUGCGAGAUUGGAAAAGAUUAAAGUACAAGAAAGAGUGCAAAUGGAGUGGACAGACAAGUUAGCGGCCGCCAAUAACCAAUUACAAGAUCUGAAAACACAAUUAGACUUUAAGAAUCUAGAAAUUACAAGUAUAAAAGAGAAAUGUAAGAUGUUAGAAUCAUCCAAAGUGAAACUGACUCAAGUAAAUAUUCCUAAGCAUGAUAUAUCAUUAAGUCACAGAAACAGUAUGUAUGGUGUGAGAGAUUCAACAUCUUCAACGCAGCUAGCAAGAGUAAAAACUUCUUGUAAAAAUAUACAAACUGAAUGCAGGACAUUAACAAAUAUUGUAGAACUUAAUAUUACAUAUAGAAAAGAUGAAAAAAAGUUAACUCGUCUUUUACCUUUAACAGUAGAAUCAACAACGGAUCAAUAUACAUUGUUAGAAUACAAUGAAAAAUUACAAAAACCAUCAGAUAAUUUGAAUAACAGGUGUAAAGUGUUUAGUACAUUUCAUAGGAUACCUAACACUCCGAGCCCUAGAGCAGAUGUCAGAUGCAAAGUAACACUCAAUGAUGUUUACAAAGAUUUGUCUUUUAUUGCCGCUGAUGAAGGAUCAGAUGAAGUGGAACAGAAGAUUUUGAAUAUUAUACAAGCGGCUAAAAUAAUUUUACAAGAUACAGAAGUGACAUUAAAUACACUAGAAUUAAGAAUGACAACAGCAUUUCAAAAGGAAAUUGACGAGAAAUAUAUUGACUCAAGUGCAAACUUCUUGAUUGUGUCCGAAGAAGAUUUGAUCUCCGGAAAAUUACUUUACAAAGAAGAACAGGGUAUCACAGCAAGAAGAAUAACAUCAGUUCUUUAUCAUAUUCUAGAAGAUUCUAGAGCUGCUGAAUUAUUUAAUAGAGAAGAUGUUGAUGUUUCAAUACAUCAAGGAAAUCCUUUAUUAGAAAUUAUACAAAGAAUAUGUAUUGUAUUGGAUAAAACGUCUUGUGCAGUAUUAUUUAGUGGUUUUUUACAAUCGGUGAUAAAACUUCUUUAUAGAAUUUUUAUAAAAACCAAUAAAAAUAUAACAAAUAGAAUAUUUAAAGUUAUAAAAACUGUAAUACAAUCCAGACCUAUGUUGUUUGUGACUUGUGAAUCAUUACGACUGUUACGGAAAGUGUCGUCGACAGAAAGUACAGAUAUAUUGUGUAAAGGCAACAGUAGUGGGAAUUUGAAGUUGGAUUAUGAUCAAGGUGUACUCUUGUAUAAGAAAGAUUCGUGUUUUCUUCAAGUGUUAUUGAAACAAAUCGAAGCCGCUUUGAAAUGUAUCGAGAAGCAGAAAUUGAAAGAAGAAGCUGUAUCACUCUGUACAGAUCUUCUUCUCUUCUAUUCAGAUUUAAAUAUGCUUCAUGAAAGUCAAGAGAAACUGAGUUGCGAAUGUCGGCAGACGAUGUUACAAGUGAUUGUGUUCGCGCUAAGGAUCUGCGCGGUUUUGCUCUCUGGAGACCAAUCAGAGAUUGAUACAAGGUUGUUAUCACUGUGCCGUGCCGGGUUACUUGUGCUGCAGCGAUGUGCGGCACGCGAUGAGGUGUGCCAGCUGGCACACUGCGAGGGUCAUCUACUGCACUUCUGCCACCUCAUGUUGGCACACCCGCAUGAUGAACUGCACUCUAACAUGCUGUCAGAGGUGAUGUCAUCACUGCAGAGCAGUCCUGAGGAGUCUCCGCCAUCAUACCACACGGAGCCCUGGCUCAACAGCUUCCAUACAUUCUCACUCGCUGACUGAUCUCCACAUGAUAAAACCCCUUUUCCACUAAGCGUGG